AUGAAGAAGCAAGUCAGUUCACGCUCUGUCGUUCUCGUUCUCAUUCUCAUUCUGUGCCUUGCUUCGGCUUAUCCAAGCGUUGAAGCUCAGUCUUGCAAGCCAAGUGGAAGGAUUAGGGGACGAAAGCCGCCUCCAGGACAGUGCAACACUGAAGAUGACUCUGAUUGUUGCCGAGAAGGCCGAGUCUACACUACCUACAGGUGUUCGCCACCGACUUCGCGUCAAACGAAGGCCACCUUAACCCUCAACAGCUUCGAGAAGGGCGGUGACGGCGGCGCACCAUCCGAGUACGACAAUAAGUUACACUCGGACGACACCCUGGUGGUGGCCUUAUCAACAGGGUGGUUCAACCACCGCAGCAGGUGCUUGAAGCAUAUUACCAUCUAUGGCAAUGGAAGGAGUGUCAAAGCCAUGGUUGUUGACGAGUGCGACUCGACAGAGGGCUGCGAUGCCGGCCAUGAUUACCAACCUCGUCGAUGCCUCGGAAGCCGUUUGGGAGGCUCUCGGAGUGCCGCGAAACGACUGGGGCGAACUUGA